AUUCUAGGGUAGAUUGUUGACGCUACCAAUGGCCUAUACAGCUAUACUUGAUCCAAAAACCAAGCAAUGAAUAAUUGCUCAUUCAAUUUACUAGCUCGCUCACAGCAUAACGUUCUCUUGUACUGUAUAUAUACUUGAUCCGUAAGAUUUGAACUGGCAAGGGAAAAACGCAGAAAGACAUAAAAGUCUGUCAGUUCUUCACAUCAUGGUACAAUCAAAGAAGUUCAGAGGUGUCAGGCAACGCCACUGGGGCUCAUGGGUGUCUGAGAUUCGUCAUCCUUUACUAAAAAGAAGGGUGUGGCUUGGAACAUUUGAUACGGCUGAAGAGGCAGCAAGAGCCUACGAUGAAGCAGCGAUUUUGAUGAGUGGCCGUAACGCCAAAACAAACUUCCCUGUGGUUGCAAAUCAAACAAGAAAUGGUCAGAACUCUCCCUCCUCCUCGUCAGCUCUUAGUGCAAAACUACGCAAAUAUUGCAGAUCUCCAUAUCCUUCCCUAACUUGUCUAAGGCUUGACGCCGAGAAUUGCCACAUUGGAGUCUGGCAAAAGCGUGCCGGUCCACGUUCGGUUUCAAAUUGGAUUAUGACUGUAGAGCUUGGAAAGAAGGAUGGACGGCAAGCCCCGGAACAAAAGAUUCUCAUCUCAGAUACAUCAGAUAUGGCAGGCCAAGAAGGUGGUAGUGAUGAUGGUCCAGAUGACGAGGAAAGGGUUGCAUUGCAGAUGAUAGAGGAGCUACUUAACAGGUAGAAGGGAGUUGCAUCUAUGGACGACAAUAGGUUUCUAAUAUAUUUAUAUCUUUCUUAUUGUUAUCAAUAUAUGUACUUUAUUAAUAUUGAAAUACAUAUAUAUUAUAUUAAAUUAAAAAAAUUACUUUCAGCAUGCGCACACAUAUAUAUGAGAUAUUUUUGAAUUGGGUGUA